GGAUGGCUCAUUGCGGUGGCUCGAUUCAAGAAAUUCGGUCGAUAAUUGUAACACCGGUCCAACCAUCAUCGUUUCAAGAACCAACAUAAAAGUAUUGUUAUUUCAAAUUGUUAAUCGAAAGAAUAGAUCUCGGGAUGAUUCGAAUUUUGCUGGCAAUAUCGCUUCUUCUCGGCGUUAUGGCCAUCGAUGAAAAUGCUGGAACUGAAGCGGUGAAUGCCACUUCCGGUAAGAUCGAUCCCAAGAUUGUUGGUGGCGAAGCGGUGGAUAUAACGGCAGUGCCAUACACGGUAUCGAUUCGUCUGACCGCCAACGAUAGACGCAGCUAUGGAUCUGGACAUCUUUGCGGCGGUGUGGUGAUCUCCCAGCGUUUGGUGGUCACCGCCGCUCAUUGUUGCUACAAUUCCGAUACCAGCAAAUAUCGAACGGCGGGCGAAUAUUUCCUGGUCAUGGGCAGCAGCAAUCUGCGUAGCUCCACCGCCAACACCCAGGAGUACUAUGUCCAACAGCUGAUCAUUCAUCCGGAUUACAACCACAAAACGCUGACCAAUGACAUUGCCCUGAUGUUCAUCAAUGGCUAUAUACCAUGGAAUUCGCCCACGGUGCGGGCUCUGGCCCUGAAUAGCGGCAUGGUGUCCACAGGGACCGUUUGCAUCAUCUCCGGCUGGGGUGUGCUCUAUAGUGGUGGCUACAGCAGCAAUAGCCUGCAGGCGGCCUCGGUGCCCAUCGUCUCCUACGAGUCCUGUCGCUCUGCCUACGAAAUUGUGCCCAUCUCUCAGGUCUGCGCUGGCUAUGCCAAGGGUGGCGUCGAUGCCUGCCAGGGCGACUCUGGCGGACCACUGAAUUGUAACAACCAGCUGGCAGGGAUUGUCUCCUACGGCAGUGGAUGCGCGCUGGCCGGCUAUCCGGGCGUAUACACCAAUGUGUCGUACUACAACGGCUGGAUUGUGCAGCAAAACAACUCGCUGAAUUAUUCUAUAUACAGGAAUGCUGCCGGUCCACUAAGUUCCGGCUCUAAACUGUGGUGGCUGCCACUGGCUCUGGCCUUUGUCCUGGCCACUGGUGGCAGCUCCUUGGCGGCGGCGUCACACUGAAGCAGAUGCUCCAGGCCGUAACUUAAGUAGUUUGUGUUUAGCAAAAUAAAUGAAUUUAUUUAAUAUUUUCAAGAAAGCAAAAAAAAAAAGCAAAGAACAAAGUUAUGUUGAAUUGAAGAGUAAAAUAAGAAUGUAUUGCAUA